AUGCGGCGCGCUUCCGGAGGGGGCAAGACACCAGGACGCUGGGGCGGAGGGAGUGCCCAGCGUGCAUCGAAAGACACUUCUGGUGCUGCAGCAGCAGCAGAGAGAUCUGCUGAGCAAAAUGACGGCAGCGGGAACAGCGCUGGCUCAGACGGCGCCAGCGAGCAGCAGCAACAACAGGAACAGCAGCAGCAGCAGCAGGAGAAACAAGGUUGCAGCCCCAGCAGGGGCCUGAGCAACAGCAUGCAUUCUCCGAAGUGCUCGCGUGUGAAGGCGCAUCGCCGACCGCAGGAUGGGAAUGCGGACGCGGAAUACGACGCCAAGAUGUGGUCAAUCGUGCCAGUCAACAAGCCCAAUGAGACGGGAGAGCCGUCGCCUCCUCCUGACAAGACGGUGUUGGGCGGUUUGUUUUCCACACGCAAACCCAAAGACGCAGGCGCGGGGCUGUCGUCGGGUUUGAAGUCCGUGGGGAAGGGCGUCGCGGUUGGGGCUGCCUCUCUCUUUGUUCUCCCUGCCGUGGGAGCUGCCCAGCAAGGAGUUGGGGGGUUCUUUAAGGGCAUUGGGGCUGGCGUAGUGGCUGCUGUGACUUUGCCGAUAACGGGAAUUUGCAUCGCGGGGUAUCAGGUGACGCGAGGCCUGAUAAAUACACCUGAAGCGAUUCAUGAGAAGAGCCAGGGCAAGAAGUGGGACAAGAAAGAAAGGGGAGUUGGGGGUUUCUUUAAGGGCAUUGGGGCUGGUGUAGUGGCUGCUGUGACUCUGCCGAUAACGGGAAUUUGCAUCGCGGGGUAUCAGGUGACGCGAGGCCUGAUAAAUACACCUGAAGCGAUUCAUGAGAAGAGCCAGGGCAAGAAGUGGGACAAGAAAGAAAGGGUAUGGAAGCCGAACUGGUACAGUUUACAGGAGGAGGCAGCCGAGGUGCUGAGCCAGGAGAACCCGCACAAGCGUGACGCGAACAGCAACAGCAGCAGCGGGAGCAGCAGCAGCAGCAGUAGCAGCAGCAGCAGUGGGGCACGGAAGGUCGUGGACACUACUCUGUAUGAAGUGCUGGAAGUUUCGCCUGACGCGCGACCUGAAGAAAUAAGGAGACAGUACUACAGGCUUGCUCGGAAGUACCAUCCCGAUAAAAACCCCGGCGAUCCUUCUGCAAAGAAGCGCUUUCAGCAACUGGGCGAGGCGUACCAGGUGCUGGGGGAGGAGGAGAGGAGAGCUCAAGCUCAGUAUGACUUGCACGGCCAGGCAGCAGCGCAAGAUAUGCCCAUCAUUGACAGUGGACUGUUCUUCAUGAUGCUCUUUGGGUCUGAGGCCCUCGAACCUUACAUCGGAAAACUUAAAAUGGCCAUGUUCGUCGAAAUGGUUGACGCCCCAGGCAGCAGGGGUGCUCGGGGUGACGACAUAUCUGAGGAGAUGUUUGCGUUCGAACAGCGGAAGAGGGAAGUUCAGUUGGCGGUGUUGCUGCAGCAACGAAUUCAGCCGUACGUGGACGCGAUGCUGGAAAGCAGUGGGUCCCAGAGCCCGCAGCAGCAGCAGCAGCGCGACCAACAGAUAAAGCAAUUUGAGGAGACGCUGCCUCUGAUCCUGGAGACGAUGUUGAGUAUUUGCCUCAUGGACAUAGAGACGACUGUCCGCGCAGCCUCCAAGAAGGUCCUUAAAGACAUGAGCGUCUCGGUUGAGGUGAGGCGCCUGCGGGCAGAGGCGCUCGUGAAGUUGGGCAAAGGAAUUCAGCAGGAGACAGAGCGAUUCAAGACGCAGCACAAAGACGAUAAAGUCGAUCCCCUCAGGCGCAUGGAAGAUGCCCUUAUCAAGGCAGCGCAGAAGGCAGAUGAGGAACGGUACAAGAGGGAAGGCGACCAUACAGGGCCACCGACCCCGCCUGCAGCUGCUGCAGCAGCAGCAGCUGCUGCUGCUGCUGCCGCUGAGCAGCCGCAGCAGCAACCCACAAGCUCUUCACGAGCUGCGCCGGACUUCUUGUGA